AAGAUGCAACGAGUGCAGUUCGUGGACCGUGCCGAUCACGCCGCGGAUCUUUUCCUCGAGAUCGAUCUUUUUUCCGCUAGAGGCGUAACGUGCCGACGCGUCACUGCCCUCGGUUUUCUCGUAACGUUCGUGGCACCGUGCGCCCACCGUUCGGUACUGUCGUUCGCUAUACUGUCCACCGUAUAUCGUGCGCCGCGAGUUUUCUCAUCCGACCGAUCCGACACUGCGGUGCAUUUCCGUGGGAACGUUCGACGGUCUUCCAGUGUGUCCCGCUGCUUCGGAGGGUUCGUCAACCCGGACUUGUCGCGUGUCGCGAACGCGAUCGGUUGUGAUCGGUGUGCUCUUACCCUCGGAUCGUUUGGUUACCGAUCUUGUGUGGAAGUGUUGAGAAUUGGAACACUGUGAAACUAAACGGAGCCCGGACGCAUCGCUACGACGCAGUUCAACGGAGAAAUCGUACGGUGAAGUCGACGCAGAACGGACUCGAGACGGAAUACGAGGAAACGACGCUAACGGAUCGCGCGCCGCGACUCUACUGAGGUCUCUUCUAGUAGGCCGAUCGUCGAGACUCCCCACCAUUCAGGCUGACCGCCGCGUGCCUUCGGGAUCUAUAGGCGCAGCGAGAGUCACCACGAGGAGACUGGCUCGUCCGCAAAUUCUCAAAUUUAUUCGCUUUACGCGCGUUUAUUUGGACUCGUCGCUUCGAUCAGAGCGAUACGAAUCGGACGGAUGGACUGGAUGGAUGGAUGGAUCUUUCUCGGUUCACCGGCAAGGGGUCGGCGAAGCGACGCGUGCCGCGCGUCGACGCUCUGCCCUCGCUGGAGCCGCUUUUCCAUUCCCGAACGUCGCAUCGGCCGGUGUACUUCUGCACAGAAAGCGCGAAUAUGUCGUGCGAGGGGCUGCGCUAGUUCCGAGACGAGGCGAAUCCACGGAGCAAACCCGCGUGAAGAGGGAGAGAGGAGGAGGAGUCGGUAACCGGCGCGGUUCAUUCGAGUCAAGAAAAUGUCGAGCGACGAAGAGGCGGCCGAGACGCCGGUGAAACAAGCGAACGAAACGACCGAGGAAGAUCUCCGGGUGUUCGAGACUCUCUGUAUAUCGUCGCCCCGAAAGACCACCCACGAAGACGCGAUGAGCCACGACCUGACGACCACAUUGAGGAGCGAAUUGGCAGCGUUGGAGUACAAGCGCGAUCGUCUUACGUCCGAGCUUCAAGAGAUGAAGGGCCUGGUGAGAUCUCGAGACCAGCGGAUCGCGGAGAUGCAGAUGGAGGCCGAUCAGCUGCGCGAGCAAGCCGCCAGGCAGACCGCCAUCGUCUCCAGCCUGAAGAAACGCAUACAGGAACUGGAGGAACGCGAGAGGAAUCUGUACGCCGCCCAGGGCCGCAACGAGAUCACGGCGCAGGGGCUGCAGCGGGACUUGAAGUAUCGCGAGGAGAAGAUUCGGGACUGCGAGAAGAAGGUUCGCCAGCUGGAGCAGAACAUCUCCGAGGAGAUUCAGCAGAAGGAGCGAGCCCGUUUGAGUCUCCAGGACUUCGCGCGGCAGUUGGCGCACGCGUUGAACGUCGAAUACUGCGAGACGGUCCACCCCAGCCCCGAGAUCGUGGUCCACAAGGCGGAGGAGCUGGUCCAGGAGGCGAACCGUCUUCGCGCGAAGAGCGCUAACGCGGAGGCGCAGUUCGCCAGCGUCCAGGUGGACCUCAGAGGCUGCCGGGACGCGUUGGACCGAGCUGUCGCGGACAAGGAGCAACUUCAGCGGCAAGUGUCCUCGUAUCUGAUCGAUCUGGACCGUCUGAAACAGGACAAAGAGUGCCUGGAGAUGCAGCACAGAGUCGCGGAAAGGGAGCUGAGCGAGCUGAGGGACAAGCUCGUGAACGCGAACAGGAGCAUAACGAACGCGACAGGGAACAUAUCGAGUCAAGAGGCGCUGAUCUGUCAGUUGAGAGACGAGUCGAAGCAACGGGAGGAGAAGCUGCAGCGCGCGCAGAACGACACGCGGCGGAUCCUCGAGACGCUCGCGGUCCUCCUCGGCGGGCCGAACAGAUUCGUCGAGUCCCACGAGAACGCGAUCAAAGACCGCGUCAGGGAGAUCCUAGCCGAGAACAAGGAUCAAGCGCUUACCAUUCAAAACCUGCGGGAGAAAGUGAACACGGUGACGGAAUCGACGAAUCGGCAGAGCGAGCUGAUCGAGACCACCGUCUCGAAGAUACGACGCAUGGAGGACGAGCGGUCGCACCUCGAGAGCAAAAUCCGCAAGUUGGAAUCCGAGUUGUCCAGUUGCGAGUUGUCGAAAGACACCUUGAACAGGGAUAAGCAGACGUUCGUCACUUUCCUGGAUCGGCUCGGCAAAGCGAUGCAGAUGGACGAGAUAUCCGAGGAAAUGGGGCUCGAUCUUCACACCGAGUCGCUGCUGGUCCGAGCGGAACAGCUGGCCAGGCUGGAGACCGAUAAGCUGGUGGACAAGACGUCGGUGGUCUAUCAGCUGCAACGCCGCGUCAGGACGCUCCGUGAGCAGUUGCAGCGCAGGGAUCUCCACCUGGACCUCCUCCGCAGGAAACUGUCGCUUCAGGAGGACAGCGUCAGGAUGAAAUCGUUGCUGCAAACGGAACGCGACGAGGCGAACCUUCGGUCGAAAAAGCUGGCGAAGCAGAUCGACCGUCUGCAGGCGCAGCUCUCGGAGGAGAAGGUGAGAAGUCGCGAGCUGGGCUCCCAAUUAACGGAAGCGGCUGAUUACAAGAUAGCGGCUUUGGAGCGCAGUCGGAAGAUAGAGGAGCUGCAGAAGCGUCUGGUCGAGAGCGAGAUGUUGCGCACCCGUUGCACCCGGAAGUUGACGAUGCUGAAGGAACAGAUGAGGAGCGCGACGGAGACCGCCGAGCAGGAGAGGUCCAUAAACGAUCAUUCCCUGCAGCUGCUCAGAGACGAGCUCGCGCAGGUCAAGCAGAGCCUCUCCGAAGUCACCAAAAGGGAGUCUCAAUUGCAAAGCUUCCGCGUGUCCGUGGCGAAAUCGUUGUCCGAGCCGAUCUGCACGGCCGACUACGAGAUCAUCUCGCGGCUGCAGAAGAUGGUGGCGGCGCACCGCGACUUCACGAUGCUGUCGCGCAGAUACGACGAGCCGCUGGACAACACUCCGUCCAGAUGCACCAGCGUCCAUCCCAUGCACCCCCAUGGCUCGCCGGCGUCGAGAUGCACCCGCUACGAGGACAGCGGCUUCGCGGAUCCGCCGGAUCUACACGACAUCGAGGACGAGUUCGCCAAGCGACCGGUUCGAAGCAGCCUUCUGCCGUGACGCCGGCCGCGAUUCGACUAAACGCCAGCGACCGUCGCGAAUAUUAACCCUUUGCACUACGGAAGUUUCUCGUUAGAGAUACUCAAGAUUUUUUAACCCUUCGCGGUCCGAAGUGCGCUUGGUUUCUCACUUUGAGGUUCACGUCGACGUUAGUUCGUUCAAUUAAAGCUUAAUACGACGCUCUAUUUAUUUAUUCAAGAAUAUU